UUCCCCAGUCGGUGGAUCGCAACACCUGCCACAAACCUCUCUAAAUACCGUCCAAGAUCUCUCUAUGUUCUUGCCUCCAUCCUUUCAAGGUCACUCUGCAGUCUUGGGCCUGUUGAUACAGAACCCUUCGCUGAAAGCCUCAUAAAGUGCCCUUGCUCGCAGGGAGGCUGUCCACUUGAGUGUCGCGUGCUCAAUUUCCCCAUUCGCGAACCCGCAAUGGUCGCUACCACCAAAACCGUCAGCAACCUCGCUGUCGGCGCCAGAUAUCUAUCUAAGCGUCUUCUGGCUUCAUACAUCCUAGACUGGGUCCUGAUCCUUGGCACCGCAGCCGUUGGCGGCGCAUUCUCCAAAAUCGAUGGCGCCAGACACGACUUUUCGCUUCAAGACCCCUCCAUCUCCUUCCCUGACCAUGGCGACACCGUCUCCGUUGGCGUACUCAUUGUCGUUUCGGUUGUCGCACCGGGUGUUAUUACCGCCCUAAUCUCCCUACUCUUCGUUCCAGGCCCCACGAUUCCGCACUCGACGCCCAAAGCACUCAUCUGGCGAAGAAAGAUUUGGGAAUGGAAUACGGCUUGGAUGGGGCUGGGUCUGGCCCUAGCCGCUGCCUUCCUCAUCACCGAAGGCCUGAAAGACCUUUCCGGCAAGCCUCGACCCCAUAUGCUGGCUGUGUGUAACCCAGACACGUCCCCAGCCUCAAUCCGGCAACACCAGGUCGGCGGGCUGGGCACAUCCAUCGAUUCUGCGGUCCCCAUCGUUGUGGACUGGCAUAUCUGCCGGAACACAGACGUCAGCCAAAUGCGCGAUGCGUUUGCAAGUUGGCCCUCGGGUCACGCGAGUUUCAGCUGGGCCGGCAUGCUGUACCUCAGCCUGUUCAUCUGCGCGAAGUUCGCUGUUCAAAUUCCUUUCUUGCCGCCGACACCUGCCUCUCAAGACAGCCGGAGAUAUAUCUCGACGUUCGACGAGGAGAAUGACAUACCACAUGAGGAAGACCACUCGUCCAAGAAUUUGCGGUCGGAUACAUCCUUAUCCUCACCUAGACACACGCAUCCUCCACGCAAUGAAGCCGCUGCGCCACCCAUAUAUUUGCUCAUCAUAGCAUUCGUCCCCAUCGGCGUGGCAUUUUUCAUCUCCGUCUCACGCUGGUUCGACUACCGACACCACGGGUUCGAUAUCAUCUCCGGCUCGCUGAUUGGCAUAUUCACGGCCUGGUUCGGAUUCAGGUGGUACCACCUGCCCAUUCGAGGAGGCAGUGGAUGGGCGUGGGGCGCCAGGAGUCGGGGCCGGGCGUUCUGGCUGGGCAUCGGGCGUGCGAAUUACGUCGGCGACGAAGGAUGGGAGACUGCAGGGAGGAAUGCGCAGAAGAGAAGUGAUCUCGAAGCCGGCCGAAGAGACGUCACCGGUGCUGGGCUCCCGGAUAGAGGAGACGCGACCGAGACGGCGGUCACGAACCCUGCACAAUCAUAGUAUGAUUUUGAUGGUUAGCAUGGGGUUUGGUUGCAUUGGAAUCCAUUCUUAUUGAAUCACAUUAGCGAUGUACUCGACCGUGUGCCACGCCCUGAACUGCGUCUGUGAGGUUAUGCAGGCAAAGACGUGUUCAGGCGUGAAAAGACCGGGAACAUACGUUGAUCGGAACCGCGUGCUUUUUUAGGGGCAGUCUUGUAAGGUGGUUGAUGAGGCGAAGGGGCCGUCCUUGCAGAGUGCGAGCGCGGUGUACAGAGACACUGCUCAUACUAGCGAUGACAAUAUUAUAAUGAUAUUUCCUGUUUGC